GUAGUUGAAGCUCCCUGGCAAAACCAAGGUUGCCAAAAGCUGACGUCGUCCCUAUUAUACUGAUUGCCAUCGUUCUUUGUGAGCUGCUUCUGCGUCGCUGUCCAAACUCCCCCGCUUGAUUAGCUCGUGGAUAAGUGGAUUAGUCACAACGCAGUGCGCUGUCGAGUAGUUGUCGCAGCCCUAGCCUUUUCAGCCGCUGUCUGUUAGUCCACGGCCUAGCUCCUGUCUCUGAGAAACUCUCGAAGUCGGGGAUGUAAAGCAUUAAUAAGGCCGAGUCCCUGUUGUUGCUCUCCGACGUCAUCUUCGCCUCACCUGGGAAAGCCAGUCGUUUCUUGCUCCAGCUAAACCGAAUUCAACCUCAGAAGGCCUUCGUUUAAUAAUGGCUGUGGUUCUUCCAGUAGGAUCCAAUGAGAAUCUGCCACUUAAGGUGGUUCGGGUGAUAGUUAAGGAGCUUCGCUCGCUCCAGGAUUCGCCUCCAGAAGGCAUACGCGUGCUCCUGAACGAUGACAACAUCUCAACCGUCCAUGCGGAAAUCGAGGGACCAGUCGGUACACCUUAUGAAGGCGGAGCUUUCCGCAUGAAGUUGGUCUUGGGUCCGGAAUUCCCAAACGCUCCGCCGAAGGGCUUCUUUGUGACUCGGAUAUUCCACCCGAACGUGGCUAAAAACGGCGAGAUAUGCGUCAACAUUCUGAAGAAGGACUGGAAGCCAUGCCUCGGCUUGCGCCACGUGCUCCUUGUUGUUCGCUGCCUGCUGAUUGAGCCUUAUCCCGAGUCAGCUCUCAACGAGGAUGCAGGCAAGCUGCUGCUGGAAGACUAUGAAGCCUACGCCAAGCACGCGCGCCUUUUCACCUCCAUCCACGCCCCAGCAGCAGCAGCAGCAGCCACUGGUGUCAGCAUGAGCCGGUCCAAGUCCAUGCCCCAGCAUACAGGUACUCAACAAAGUCAACCAGGUCAACAGGGUCAGCCAGGUCAACCGGGUCAACAGCCUUCCUGCAAUCAGCACAUCCUUCGCCAGAGUGUCUCUGCCUCUGACCACCUCACCGGGGCUGCUGCCGCUGCUGCCGCCGCCGCUGCUGUUGCUGCAGAAGUAGCAGAUUCUGCCGCUGCUGCCGUCUGCGUGUCUCCCUCGGGCCUUGUGGCUGGUGGCACUGGUGGGAGUGCGCCGCUUGCUCCCAACCGCUCCAUCGCCAAUGCUGAGGUGCAGAGGGAGGAGGGGGGGGGUGGGGCAGCCGCAGGGUCGAGUGGGGGGCUGUGCAGUGGCGGAAGCAAGGGGGAGAAUGGGGCGAGAGUUGGGCAUGAGAAAAAGAAGGUGGAUGCGAGGAAGAAGAGUCUUCGGAGACUGUAGGGACAGGAGAAAGGAACAAAGCCCAACCUUUUUGGCGAUUAAGAGCUUUCAGGAACAGAAGUGGGAGAUAUGGGCAAGUCAGAGCUUUGCUGACAUGGUUCUGUUCCUUACAGUCUUUUCACGUAUUCACCCACACAGCCACAAUUCCGGUUUCUACUUUCCGUGGUAGACACAGAAGUUCCUUGACAAUGCAAGAGACGAUUUGCAAACGUACAGUAUCAUGAUACACUUAAGAACGGGCAAACUCUGGCCCAACCUGCUGGCAGAGCU